UGUAGCUGACAAAAUUUUGCAAGAAUUUGUUUUCAAGUAUACACGGCGAACACUUAAUCAGUUUUAAUGUACACGCCUUAUUACAUUUAACUGACUGCGUAAGACGGUUUGGCGCGAUUGAUAAUUUCUCCGCAUAAAGUUUGAGAAUUAUAUGCAAACAUUGAAGAAAAUGAUAAAAAAGCCGGAUAAGGUAUUGCAGCAAUUAAAAAAUAGAUAUUAUUAGAGAAAGAAUAUGUAUGCAGCUUCUAGUAAAGCUUCAAAAUUUGGGGUAUUUUCGUUAGAUUUUAAAAAACAUAAGGAUAGCUUUUGUUAUUCAGAGAAAACAGGGCCAAUAAAACUCAUUGGCGAAAAAAUAGAGGGCGAUGUUUUUAUAUGCCUUCUUUUUUCUGAGACUUACGAUUAUUUUCAAGAGCUUCUGCAAAUUUAGACUUACGAUUAUUUUCAAGUUGCUUCUGCAGAUUUAGGCAUACUUGUAGGUAAAGUUUCAUAAAAUGAGGUAGUUCUAAGUAGAUUAGAUAUUAAAUAUAAGUAUUUUUCCAUACCUAUAGAUGAUAAAAUUCUUUUAGUUCCACUCAUUCAUCACCUGUUUUAUGAUUUUUCAUAUAAUGAAUUUCGAUGACCUUGUGGAAGAAAUCGAUUCCGAAGUGGAAUGCUCACAACCGUUGGGCCCCCAAAGAGGAUGUACUGAACAUAAAUAUUUUUAAUUUCUUAAUAAUAUGUUUUUACAGAUAAAGUGUUUAAAAAAAAAUGUCUUACAAUCUCGUUUGCGCUCCUCCAGCAGAACCAUCACAAAUUGUGGUACCGUCACCAUCGUCUGGCGGCCAUGCAGAUAUAAUCCAGAAGCUGGAUGCCAUUGAGACCCGUCUCUCUGCCAUUGAAAAGUGCCUAACAGGCAAAAUGCCAGAGAAGGCCGAGGUGCAGGCGCAAAGUAAAUUAUUGCACGAAUGCCGCGUCAUAGCGGCAAAGGCGCACCAUUCAAUUAGCCGCAUCACCGGUGAUUUGGAGGACGAGCAUUAUGUGGAGCUCGCUUCGAAACUGCCCAUGUCAUCGGAAGAGCACGUGCGCUUCGUGGAAGACAAACUUUCACAAAAGGAAAGCACGGAAGCUAUGAUGCGGCUAAUAUUGAAGUCAAAGGGCGCAAAAGGCAGUAUGGACGGCGUACUGCGUGGUAUGUUUUCUGAUGAUCUAAUGUACCACUACAAUUUAGAGGGGCGCAAGGAGAAGGAAUCCCUACUAAAACUAAAGUGCCUUGGGUUAGUUUUUGAUAUAUUUCCUGACGAGGAUAAAAACACUACAUAUAUGUGGAGAGCUCCGGAAAUUUGUGGCCUUAAGCCACAAUCGUUUUAAACAGAAAAAUAUAAACUAAAGGCUAAAUUAAUAUAAGUUUUCUUAUUAUUACUUAUAUAUAUUAGUUUUAAGUUGUAAAUAUUAGUUUUAAGUUGUACAUAUUAGUUUUAAGUUGUAAAUAUUAGUUUUAAGUUGUAAAUAUUAGUUCUAAGUUGUAAAUAUUAGU